CUCUCUGUUGCAGGACCAAACAUCUGCACCACACGAGGCGUGAGCUCCUGCCAGCAAUGUCUGGCUGUGAGUCCCACGUGUGCCUGGUGCUCAGAUGAGACCCUGCCUCUGGGCACGUCCCGCUGUAACCUGAAGGAGAAUCUGCUGAAGGAUAGGUGUGCCCCGGAGUCCAUCGAGUUCCCCCUCAGUGAGGCCAACAUCCUGGAGGCCAGGCCCCUCAGCGACAAGGGCUCUGGCGACAGCUCCCAGAUCACUCAAGUCAGUCCCCAGAGGAUUGCACUCCGACUCCGGCCAGAUGAUUCGAAGAGUUUCUCCAUCCAAGUCCGACAGGUGGAGGAUUACCCUGUGGACAUCUACUACUUGAUGGACCUGUCUUACUCCAUGAAGGAUGAUCUGGGGAGCAUCCAGAACCUGGGUACCCAGCUGGCCUCCAAGAUGCGCGAGCUCACCAGUAACCUGCGGAUUGGCUUUGGGGCCUUUGUGGACAAGCCUGCAUCACCAUACAUGUACAUCUCCCCACCAGAGGCCCUCAGAAACCCCUGCUAUGAUAUGAAGACCACGUGUUUGCCCAUGUUUGGCUACAAGCACGUGCUGGCGCUGACUGACCAGGUGAACCGCUUCAAUGAGGAGGUGAAGAGGCAGAGUGUGUCACGGAACCGAGACGGCCCGGAGGGUGGCUUUGAUGCUAUCAUGCAGGCUACAGUCUGUGAUGAGAAGAUUGGCUGGAGGAAUGAUGCAUCCCACUUGCUGGUGUUUACCACUGAUGCCAAGACCCAUAUAGCACUGGAUGGGAGGCUGGCAGGCAUUGUCCAGCCCAAUGAUGGGCAGUGUCACAUUAACAGUGACAACCAUUACUCUGCCUCCACUACCAUGGAUUAUCCCUCUCUGGGGCUGAUGACCGAGAAGCUAUCCCAGAAAAACAUUAAUCUGAUCUUUGCAGUGACUGAAGAGGUGGUUAAGCUCUACAAGAACUACAGUGAGCUCAUCCCAGGGACCACAGUGGGAGUUCUGUCUGCUGAUUCCAGCAAUGUCCUCCAGCUCAUUGUUGAUGCUUAUGGGAAAAUCCGCUCUAAAGUGGAGCUGGAGGUGCGUGACCUUCCUGAGGAGUUGUCUCUAUCCUUCAACGCCACUUGUCUUAACAACGAGGUCAUCCCAGGCCUCAAGUCUUGUGUUGGACUCAAGAUUGGAGACACAGUGAGCUUCAGCAUUGAGGCCAAGGUGCGAGGCUGCCCCCAGGAGAAGGAAAAGUCUUUCACCAUCAAGCCUGUGGGCUUCAAGGACAGCCUCACCGUCCAAGUCACCUUCAACUGUGACUGUGCCUGCCAGGCCUAUGCUGAGCCUUACAGUCGCCACUGCAACAAUGGCAAUGGGACCUUCGAGUGUGGGGUGUGCCGCUGUGGGCCUGGCUGGCUGGGGUCCCAGUGUGAGUGCUCAGAGGAGGACUACCGCCCCUCCCAGCAGGACGAGUGCAGCCCCCAGGAGGGCCAGCCUGUCUGCAGCCAGCGGGGCGAGUGUCUCUGUGGUCAGUGUGUCUGCCACAGCAGUGACUUUGGCAAGAUCACGGGCAAGUACUGCGAGUGUGAUGACUUCUCCUGUGUCCGCUACAAGGGGGAGAUGUGCUCAGGCCAUGGCCAGUGCAGCUGUGGGGACUGCCUGUGUGACUCCGACUGGACCGGCUACUACUGUAACUGUACCACGCGCACGGACACCUGCAUGUCCACGAACGGGCUGCUGUGCAGCGGCCGGGGCAAGUGCGAAUGCGGGAGCUGCGUCUGCAUCCAGCCGGGCUCCUACGGGAACAACUGUGAGAAGUGUCCCACCUGCCCGGAUGCCUGCACCUUUAAGAAGGAGUGUGUAGAGUGCAAGAAGUUUGACCGGGGAACCCUACACACAGAAAACACCUGCAACCGUUACUGUCGUGAUGAGAUUGAGUCUGUGAAGGAGCUUAAGGACACUGGCAAAGAUGCAGUGAAUUGUACCUACAAGAAUGAGGAUGACUGUGUCAUCAGAUUCCAGUACUAUGAAGACUCCAGUGGAAAGUCCAUCCUGUAUGUGGUAGAAGAGCCAGAGUGUCCCAAGGGCCCUGACAUCCUAGUGGUCCUGCUUUCAGUGAUGGGGGCCAUUCUGCUCAUUGGCCUCGCUACUCUGCUCAUCUGGAAGCUCCUCAUCACCAUCCAUGAUCGGAAGGAGUUUGCGAAAUUUGAGGAAGAGCGAGCCAGAGCAAAAUGGGACACGGCCAACAACCCACUGUAUAAACAGGCCACGUCCACCUUCACCAACAUCACCUACCGGGGCACUUAAUCACCGGCAGCCGUCCUCAGAUCACUAUCAGACUGUCCCGGGAUCGGGAUCGUGGGCAUCUCUGCCAUCGUGUUUACAGGGGACAAUGUCUGUGGGCAGGAUCGGGGACUUGGAGUGGGGUGGGGAGGGAGAAGGUCCGUGCGUGGAAGCGUGGGUCUCUGUGCGUGCGUGCUGUGAAUGGGGGAGCGUGUAAUUUAAAACUCGAGAUGUAUCCCAGAUAAGCGGAGCUCCUCGGCCUUUGUCCUCAGAACGCCGCCUUCAGGGAUUCUUCCUGCUUAACCCGAGGGUGACCUGUGUCGCUGAGCAGAUGUUCUUCGUUACCUCAGAGAGAAGCCAGCUUUCCUUCUCCGGCCAUUCACCCUGGAGAGCAGAGCAGGGCCCAGGCCUCUCGUUCCCGAGAAAGGGUCCUGGACUCCAUCCGGAGUUUAUGGUUCUUGGGCCUGAGUCUCAGCAGCUGUGGUGGCAACUGCUGGGCCUCUGUCUCCCUUUCCCUCCCUCAGGCUGAAGGAGAAAUCGGGAGAGCUGAAUAAUCGGAGCUGCCUGUACCUUUUGCCAUCGCCUCGACCCAGCGUGGUUCUCUCGUAAGGGCCGUCCUUGCUACUGAAUUCUUCCAUCUGUUGGGAGAGAGGAUGGCAGGGCCACGACGGAUCAUGCAUGGCCUGGGGGAAUGUGCCAGGGUCCCCCCGUUCAAAAUGAUGACCUUUCAGAUUGGCAGCUCUACCCUAGAGGUUCAUUUAGAAGUGUUUCACCCUUGGGCCAGCACUGCCUCUUACCUCCUACUUCCACAUACUCACUGCUGUGGAUGUUUGCUACAUACUGGGACUUUCAUGGCCAAAAGCAGUUUUCCUCCUAGGGAGGGUGCUAUGGUUAGAGCCAGAGGUCUGGCCCACCCUUCAGGCCUUCUGCCCCUCGUCCAGGCACCUCCAUACACCUACCCUGGGCUUUUAUGUGCUACGUCCGUCCACAGGGCUGAUUGCAUUUAUCUACCUCUGGGGUGUCUUGUGAAGGAACAUUCCCACGGGUCUCUGAGUCUGCUGGGCGAAAGUGCCAGGGAUGGAAUGAUGGGCCAGUUGUAUCAGCGUGUGUGGCCCAUUCUCCUGCGGGCUGGGCAACCUCAUUUUAACUCAGUCGUUAAUCCGAGAGGCCACAAGUGCAAUUUUCUUUUCUUUUUCUCAUUGGGGCACCUGAAACCACAAUGAGGCUUAAACUAUAGGAACAUGUAUAUAAACACACUUGUAUUAUAUUUGUAAUUUUAUUUGAUGACAAGGAAGGAGAAUUUAAAAAAGCCACAAAGUCUUGGGCUGGAUACAGAUAGCCCCACGUGGCAUCAUUCAUAGCAAGUGACUGCCCAGUUGCUAGAUCCUGGAAGCCCAUGGGGAUGGACUCAUGGACACGCUGGACCUUUCUUGAGAAGGAGGGAAAUGGGCAAUAGUAAUAGCAGUUGCUCCACUGGUGUUUACAUUAACAGCCACCCCCAACCCCCAAGAAAAAGGGGAGGACCUGUAAACAAAUGGGCUGAUGAUCAGAAAAUCUGAGUCCUGGCCUCAGCGUUGCAGCUAAAGAAUCCUUAACCUUAAUUAAGGCCAGUCACUUUCCUCUCCCUGAGGCUCAGUUUUCUAGUUUGAAAAAUGUUGGGUUUGGACCAGCCAGUCUAGAAGAUCUCGUUCAGUGUCAGCAUUCCAAGAUGUUGAGAUUUACUGUGGACAUCAAACACACCGUGAAGAUUCUGUGGAAUGUGGGUAUUGUUUUUUUAGUUCGGAGAUCUGAAAGACCUGGCUUUGACAAGAGCAGAUGUCAUUCCACAUCACUUUAUUCAUUCUAUCCUGUCUUAGAGCCCUUUCUUCAACUUUUGUUAGCAGUUACAUCUCCUGAUGUAGUCCUUAAGCUCCACUUAGUUCCUAUUUCUUAGUUCACUGCACACAUUUGCAUCACGUAUUAGGGUAGAAGAAUCCAUAAGAAGUAGCUGAAAUGUGUGUUUUGUAGCCAGGUGUUAACCUUGAGAAUAAGCCUUGGAAUUAGAAAUGGGGCAAAUGACUGAGCCCUGUCUCCAUGGAUUACACUUUACUGUAGGGCAGGGGUGGGGAACCUUUUUUUUUUGCCAAGGACCAUUUGGAUAUUUAUAACAUCAUUUGCAGGCCAUACAAAAUUAUCAACUUAAAAAUUAGCCUGCUAUAUUUGGUCAAACAUUGAAUUAACUCACCCAUAAUAUGAUGGCUGGAACUGCUUUUCUUUGGUGAGGUGUUGGCAAGGCCAGGUCAAAUUAUUUUGAGGGCCAUAUCAUUCCUCACCCCUACUGUAGGGGAUGGUAAUGUAGUGAGGGAUAAAUGGGGGAGCGGGAGGGAUGAUAAGGAAUCCAAGAAGUUUAGAACCUAACUAAUCUUCAGCUAUGGAGACAAGAGUCCAUUAGAGCAGUUGUUGGACAUUUUCUUUAGAUAAGAUGGCUUAUAUAAAGAAAUUAUAUCAAAGGAGAAAGAAUAUGUAUCCAAUGGACUAAAACAUCAGUAGGAAUCUUGUGUGGGCUUCUGGAAUGAGGUUCAUAGGCCUUGAAGACCAGCCCUGUUUGUCUACAUGUGGGGAGAACCUGUAGCAUGUUCAGGAGAGAGCAUAUAGCAGUGAGUCUGGGCAUCAUGUAGGGUGAACAUCUAAAUAGUAUUUUGGUAUCAGAUGACACAGCACACAAAGGUCACUUGUCCUCUGCUCUUUGGAGAUAGUUUAUGUCCAGUCUCAGGGGCUGUGGACAGUAAUGGGAAACUUUAAACAUUCCUGACAAGUUGACACAUAAGGAGUCAGUUCUUUAUCAUUCAGAUAUUCCUACACCAUCCAUGAUUUCAAGAUACUUCUUUCUCUUCCUUAAGUAUUCAAGGUCGAAAUGAUUUACGUGCUUUCCUGACUUCCUAACCACCUUCUCAGUUUGAGUUGUGCAAUAGUGAAUUAAAUGUUUUCAAAAAAGAAGUGGCCUAAGGCUGCCCAGUG